AUGAAGCCCGCUGUUGACCAAUGAAUGAACAUGGAUAUGUGUGAGUGUGUGUGGUGAUUAAGGACAAAGCCAGAAAAACCGGCACAUUGGGAACGUUUGCUGGAGCAUCUCUGCUUUGAUUUUGGGGUGGGUUUGGGCUCUUCAUCGUCAUCAUCUUCUUCUUCUUCCACACCAAUUGGAACGUCUUCCCGUCGAGCCAACUGUAUUCGAUUCAGUACUGCUUUAAUCAUGGCAGCAUCCAAGAUAUAGGGAUACAUUCCUUCCACAGUAGAAGAGGGAGUGUCCCGGCCAUGGCUUCCCCCAAUUUGCUCUGCAGUCACCACCUCUGCUCCGCUGGUUCCAAUUUCACGAAAAGCCCUAGUCCUACUCUCUCCUUUUCUUCUUCUUCUUCUUCUUCAUACAGGCCCUACGAACCAUCUUCUUCUCGUAAGAAAUCUCAAUUUCCAAGAAGCGGAUUCGUCAGAGCUUUGUCAUCUGAUUCUACAUCUGGCAAAAGACAAUUGGAGAUAGUGUAUGAUCUUAACGAGAGGUUGAAUAGAUUAGCUGAUGAGGUGGAUAAGAAUGCUGUACUUUCAAGGCUCACUCUGUUUUCACCUUGCAAGAUAAAUGUUUUCUUGAGGAUAACCAGAAAGAGAGAAGAUGGGUUUCAUGACUUGGCAUCUCUCUUUCAUGUAAUAAGCCUAGGAGAUAAGAUUAAGUUCUCUUUGUCCCCUUCAAAGUCCGAGGAUCGCUUGUCGACCAAUGUGCCUGGAGUUCCACUUGAUGAUAGAAAUUUGAUAAUAAAGGCCCUUAAUCUUUACAGGAAAAAGACUGGAACUGACAACUUCUUCUGGAUUCAUCUUGAUAAAAAGGUUCCUACUGGUGCUGGGCUAGGUGGUGGAAGCAGCAAUGCUGCAACUGCUCUAUGGGCUGCAAAUCAAUUCAGUGGUGGUCUUGCUACAGAAAAGGAACUACAAAAUUGGUCGAGUGAGAUUGGCUCAGAUAUUCCAUUCUUUUUCUCCCAUGGAGCAGCCUAUUGUACUGGCAGGGGUGAGGUUGUUCAAGAUAUUGCCCCACCUAUUCCUUUAGACACUCCUAUGGUUCUGAUAAAGCCUCAGCAGGCAUGUUCCACUGCUGAGGUUUACAAGCGUCUUCGUUUGGAUCAAACUAGUAAGAUUGAUCCUUUAGCGUUACUGGAGAAGAUAUCAAGAAAUGGAAUAUCACAAGAUGUUUGCGUCAAUGAUUUGGAACUCCCUGCGUUUGAGGUGCUUCCAUCUCUGAAAAGAUUAAAACAACGUGUCAUUGCUGCAGGCCGUGGACAAUAUGGGGCAGUCUUUAUGUCUGGAAGUGGAAGCACCAUAGUUGGGAUUGGUUCUCCAGAUCCCCCACAAUUUGUUUAUGAUGAUGAUGAGUACAAAGAUGUUUUUUUGUCAGAGGCCAGUUUCAUUACACGGGCAGCUAAUCAGUGGUACUCGGAACCCCUUUCAUCAAGUUCUGAAAACGGUUGUGAAUAGUAUGCUACCAGUUGAGGUUACCAAGUGCGGGCAGAUCAAAAGAUGCCUUGGGAAUCUUUCACCCCUGGCGCUUCAGCUUUUAGAGGUAAGGCCAACUUUUUCCCUUCUUUUUUCGGGUAAGGUGAGUUGGGAGUUUGGGAUUUGGAGGCAUUGCAGUUCCUCUGGGAAUUGCUUCCGGACUGUGUAAUGGGAGACCAACCCCCAAGCAAAAAAACUCAGCUGGAACUGGAUACAUGAUGUGGAGGCAUGGGUUUCAACCACCACGAGGAUUGAUCUGAGAUGCAUUUCAUUUGUUUCUUUGACUGUGAGAAAGCUUUCAAGAUGCAGUAAUAGGGCUUAUCUAAGAGCAUGGAGUGAAAUACAAUUUAAUGCUGCUGGAAAAUAGAUGCCGCCGGGCAUUACUUUGUUAAACAUGAUAUCACCUCUUGUGAUUGAAACCUUUUUCUUUACCCUAAA